AUGCACCGUGGUUCUUCUGUCAUAACUGACCAGCGAUACUAUGUCGUUAAUCGCACGGAAAAGACCCAAGAGCAAACACACAUAGCAGUUGAGGACUGUGAUGAUAUGCUACGGAGUGCUCCAAUCCCCGGAAACCAUCUAAGAUUUAACGGAAGACGUCCGCACUUGCAUGGUGAUAGGGAAAAUCAUUACGUGGAGGAGCGCAUCGCAUUGGACCCUAGGGUUGCCAGUGAGACUAGCCAAUCCGCGGUGCUUCAUGGUCGUGCGCUACCCAAAUUGGCUGCCUAUCCGGGCCGCCAAUUCGACUAUGCUGGCCAGAAUCGACGCGGCAAUGACUCCCAGGGUGAUGCGGGAUACAACCGCAUCGUUACCGAUUCUCACAAAAAUCAAAUUGGUCUGUCAUAUCAUCCGCUGGGAUCGAGAGAUGCUAUGGUCCGCGCAGAUCAGCAGGGAGUCUUUGUGGCCGAUUAUAGGCGGGAUUCCAUCAAGCAGGAGCAGGUCGGGCAGAAAUUUGGCGAAACCAGCACCCGCAGCUCUACCUGGCCUCAGCGGUGA